UGGUUUUUAGUUGCUGUUUAAACUUGGUCGUGAGAGGGUAGCUCAGCCCCCGUCGUCGAUCGCGCGCUGCUUUGGCUCAAAAAACACACUCAACAAAUACAUUUGUGAUAAAGUGAACUUUAGUGUCAAGUGAAAAAACAGUGAAGCUGCUCAAUAACAAUAACAACAACAUCAACAAAAUUAAUCUGCAAAUACUACAACAAAUUUUGAUGGCGCCCGCCGCCGUUGCCGCUGCUGCUGCCGCCUCGGGCUCCUCACCCAUCAUCACAACGAAUUCGUUACAGGACAUGAGCGCAGCCGCAGCAGCGAUUGCGCUGGACAUGAAGCCCAAAGGCGAACUCAGUGUGCUGCCCACCCAAAAGAUCAAGAAAUUGGUUCGUCGUAAUGCCUCCGACAAACUGAAGCUCAUACAAAUGGUUCAUGAUAAUCCCAUUCUGUGGGACUCGCGCCUGCCGAAUUUUAAGGGCGCCGAAGAGGAGAAGAAUCGCGCUUGGGAGCACAUUGGCAGGGAGUUCAAUGCGCCCGGUCGUCGUGUGGCGCGCGCUUUUAAAUCUCUGCGAGAAUCUUAUCGCCGCGAAUUGGCCCACGUUAAAUUGAUGGGCAAUGGAUUUAAGCCCAAAUGGAGUCUCUACGAGGCCAUGGAUUUUCUACGCGAUGUCAUCAGGGAGAGAAAGGGCGCUUCCCAUGCCAGUGAUCUCAGUCUGAGCGCCUUCGCCCAGCACUUGCACAACAACAACAACAACAAUAACAACAACAACAAUAACAACAACAAUAAUAACAACAACAACAACACACACAGUUUGCUGAGUGCGAGCAAAGUCGCUGCAGCCACAGCUCUGAAGCUGAACUCCUCGUUCAACGAUUCCUCCAGCACGGUGCUGAAUCUUUCCAAGUGCUCAGGGAUGAAUAUGAGCAACGAUGAUUUCUACUGCGAUUACUAUGUAAAGCCGGAGCUGGACUUGUCCACUGGCGGAGGAGGAGGAGGAGGAGGCAACAAUGCUGGCAGCAGCAGCAGCGCCAGCAGCAAUGGCAGUGGCAGUGGCAGCGGAGUGGGCGUGGCAGCACAACCGUUGCCCGCCCAUCAGCAGGCGCAAGCGCAGGCGCAGAACGACAGUCGAGUGAGCUCGACACGCAACGAUAGCGGAGCUGGGCUGGCUUCACAUCAGCAGAGCUACGAUGACAUGGAUGCCAGCUCAUUGCGCAGCGGCGACGACGACAAUGGCAACGUAUCCGUGUCCGAUGAGGUCGAAGAGCUGGAGGUGAUCGACGCUGACUUUCCGUAUCCCAUCAUCCUCGGCUCGAAUUCGCCGCGCAGCAUCGUCGAGAACGGAGGAGCGACAACGUUGCGUAAGCGUCGUCGCCUUGGCGAAACGGAUGACCAGGAGGAUGGCGACCUCGAUGCCGAUGAUUACGAAGAUCAAAUGCUGCAGCAGCAUCGUCAUCUGCGGCAGCAACAGAAUGCCGCAGCGGCCGCUGCAGCUGCUGCCGCUGUGGGCGGACUCGAGUUGCCACCGCCGCAGACGGUGCGCGAGGUUCUUAACUCGAAGUUCUGUGGCUUCAUCUCGGCGAAGCUGAACAGCAUGGAAGACUCGGAGGCAGACAAUCUGAUGAACCGCAUCAUGUUGCUGGUGGUGCAAAUGCAGCAAUGUGAGGCAACCAAAUAGUUGUCAGGGUUUGGGGAAUCUUAGUCUUAAAUAUAGCCAAGCAUUGUGCAUUAUGGAUUAAUGCAGCUUCUGCUCAAAGCACAAAACACAACAUUUUUCUUGCCAUCAAUUUUUCACGAAUUAUUCUAUUUGCCAUUUCAAAUUUUCAAUGCCAAAUUUGUGCCAUGCCAAAAAAUAAAUGAUUUAACAAAGAAAGUUCUAUAACUAGUUCCCCUAUGGAUCAAUCUAUAUAGCUAUACCCAAAAAAAAGGAAUACGAAACAAAAACCAAGCAAAGAGAGCAACACACACAAAGAAAGAAAGACACACAAAACAAAGAAAAGACAAAGAAAGUUAGCAAAGUAUGAGAUUUAGUUUAUUAUAAACGUUAAUUUAGUUCUAAGUCGCAAACAAAAACAAAAA